UUCUUAAUCAUUCAAUGUUUCAUUCAAUAAUUAUUUCUUUAAUUAUCUGCUUAAAAAUUAACCAAUCAUUUAUUUAACUGCUUACGAUGAAAGAAUAAUUCUCUGAAUAACAUUUAUUUUUACUAUAUUAAUUAAUAGACAUAAUAAAAUGUAUACAUACGUUAAAUGUGUUAUUACUUUUGUAAACAUUAUAUGUAUUAUUACUAAAAAUUCCAGAUACAAUAUAAACUCAUAAAUUAUUUUUAAUGUUACAAAAGUAUGUGAUUAUAAAUUUUUCUUAUAUUUACUUUUUGUUUCUUCAUGUGUAUUUAAAUUUUUGAAUAUUAAUUAAUAAAUCAGGAACAAUAAUAUCUAUAAAAAUUUAAUUCUUAAUAACAUGUAAUUUAAAUCUAUGUACUCUCUUAAAAACAAUGUUCGACCAAUUAAACUUUAUAGUUUCACAGAUCAAAAGAAAAACUUAUUUCUGAUUGGCUGACGUACGUUUGAUUAAUGUCGAUCAAUAUAAAAUUUAUAUGAUGAUAAAUCUCAGCUUUUUUUUUUUUAAUUUAAAAUAAAUUCAGGACUCUCUUCGUUAAAUACAAUAUAAACAUUGUAAUUACAAUUUGGUUUAUUAGAUAUUGAUAUAUUAUAUAUGCGCCAUAAUCGUUAUUGCUAUUUUCGAUAAUCGAAAUUGAAUACAACAGUGCAAAAUUACUAUAUAUCGAAAUGUGCCAGAUGUCGAAAACAGUUAAAGAGAUUUUAUGAUUCAAACGAAAAUAUUUACACGUUAUAUCUUCGUAAACAUGUAUUAAUGUUAUUAAAGUCUGUUACAAGAAAUCGCGAAACCUAUUUUAUUAAUCUCAUAAUAAAAUCUUGAAGAGAGGCCUUUCGGGAGAUUUCUUAUUAUAAGAAAAUCAACUGUGUUUUCUUUCGUAUGGCAAUUGAUGUAAUUAUCGAUAAGAUAUUCUCUCUAAAGUUUCAACAGAAUUAAAAAUAUUUGUCUACAACGUCGAGAGAUUAUAAAUGGCACUUUUAUUUACAAGUAUGUGGGACUCUACGAUGUUCCUGAGCACCCUAACCCCAAAAUUCUACGUAGCAUUAACAGGAACGUCAUCAUUAAUAUCUGGUCUUAUUCUCAUAUUCGAAUGGUGGUACUUCAGAAAGUAUGGUACUUCAUUUAUCGAACAAGUAUCUUUGAAUCAUAUUUCACCUUGGAUUGGUGGAGGUGAUACUGCAACUGACAAUGCUAACUCAAGUUUGAAUAAUUCCAAUGGUUCUAAUCAACAGAACGUUCCUGAAUGUAAAGUUUGGCGUAAUCCAAUAAAUUUAUUUAGGGGUGCAGAAUAUCAAAGAUUUUUUUGGGCGACUAACAAAGAGCCGCUAACAUACUAUGAUAUGAAUUUAUCGGCUCAAGAUCAUCAAACUUUUUUUACUUGUGAAGGUGAUACAGGUAAAGCUGAAUAUGAAAUUAUGCAAACAGCUUGGAGAGAACGAAGUCCUGUAGCCAGAAUAACAGCUGCACAUAGUGCUUUAGAAAGUAAUCCAGAUUGUGCAUCAGCUUAUAUUUUAUUAGCCGAAGAAGAAGCUACUACAAUUGUAGAAGCAGAAAAGAUUUUAAAACAAGCUUUAAAAGUAGCAGAAAAUAAUUAUAGAAAAUCUCAAAGUACACAACAUCAAGGCUCCAUUGCAGAAGCGAUACACAGAAGAGAUACAAAUGUACUUAUUUAUAUUAAAAGACGUUUAGCUAUGUGUGCAAGAAAACUUGGAAAAUUAAAAGAAGCAGUAAAAAUGUUCAGGGACCUAACAAAGGAAGUACCACCAAUUAUGAAUGUUUUGAAUAUACAUGAAAAUCUAAUAGAAGCUUUGUUGGAGAUGCAAGCAUACGCUGAUGUUCAAGCUGUUUUAGCAAAAUACGAUGAUAUAAGUCUACCAAAGUCAGCCACUAUAUGCUACACAGCUGCUUUAUUAAAGGCAAGAUUAGUAGCUGAUAAAUUUUCACCAGAUAUAGCUAGCAAAAGAGGUUUAACUACAGCAGAAAUGUCAGCGGUGGAUGCUAUUCAUAGAGCAGUAGAAUUCAAUCCUCAUGUACCAAAAUAUUUAUUAGAAAUGAAACCUUUAAUUUUACCACCUGAGCAUGUUCUAAAAAGAGGAGAUUCAGAAGCUAUAGCUUAUGCAUUUUUCCACCUUGCACACUGGAAACAAAUGGAAGGAGCACUUAAUUUGUUGCAUUGUACAUGGGAAGGAACAUUCAGAAUGCUACCGUAUCCUUUGGAAAGGGGGCACUUAUUUUAUCCAUAUCCAACGUGUACCGAGUGUGCGGAUCGCGAACUUUUACCUACUUUUCAUGACGUCAGCGUUUAUCCGAAAAAAGAAUUGCCAUUUUUUAUUUUAUUUACAGCCGGUUUGUGCUCCUUUACAGCACUCUUAGCUUUGUUGACUCAUCAGUAUCCUGAUACCAUGGGUGUAGUCGCACGAGCGAUGCUCGCUUGGUUCUCUCAUCCAUUUUAUUAUAUUUUGGAUAAGUUAGAAACUGUCUUGCCGUCUAAUUUAUUACAGCAGCUCUCUAGAAUAUAAGAUUUUCUUAUGAUCUCUAUUAAUCAAGACCUAUUGUGAUAUUUAUGAUACACUUUUUUUUCUUUGUUAGAUACGCUAAAAAUAAGCGUAUUAGAUGUUCGCGAACAGCUCUUCUUCCUUAUUACAUUUUUAUGACUGAUGAUUGGAUAUAUGUAUUUAUAGUACGAAUUAAUUGUUUAGCAUUGUAAGUCAAUUAAAUCAUCUACCUUGAAUGAAACGAUGUACAAGUAAUAAAAACAAGUAGAUAUGCUUACGGCACUUUCCACUUUUUAACUUUCGUUUCUUAUUUUUCUUUUUGCUGCCGUAAAUACAUUAUGUAAUACAUAAUAUAAAUAGCUUUUAAAUAUUAAAAAGAAUGAUUAAUAAAAAGAAUUUCAUUACUAAUCUUCAGUAUACGUAUAUUUGAUAUUUUUAUAUUUAAUUUUUUAAUUGACUAAAUGAUGUAAUAAUUUACUAUUUUGUUUUCUUUUAUCAAGAGAGCUUGAACAUAGUUAAAUUAUGUGAGGAUGCAAUGUAAAUUUAUGCUUAUUGCAUUGUUGUUAGAUUUUGCAUUAUAUAAGAAAAUUAUAAUUAUACGGACGAUUUUAAACAAUGAAUUAUUCAAUGAUAAAUUAUGAAUGAUUUAAUUUGUUGUGUUGUCAAUUAAUUGUACGCACUUUGCUUGCGUAAUUAUUGAAGAGGAUAUGCAAAUAGUUAGAGUACACGUACAUAUCAUUGCAUUCGUAUUUAUUCGAUAUUUCAUAUUAUCAAUAGCUCGUAAUGAGUUGAGAGAACAAACAAGACCAGGUAUAUUCAUAUUUUGCAUAUUGUUAAGAUAAAACAUGGCUUAUAUGUUACAUAAAGGAAAUAGAUACAAUUUUAAUAAAUCUGAUCUUAUACAAUUGUAUUAAAUAUACAUAAUACAACGAGUAUUGACAAAUUUAGAAUAAAAAAACUUCUUCAUUAUAUUAUAAAUUAAUUUAUAUUAAAAUAUAACAAAACCAACGAUUACUAUCGGAGAAAUGAAUCAACUCUGGUCUGCCUGUCUAUCGUGAGACGGUUAUGAUAGGAGAGAGAGAUAUAAGACACUUGGAAGUCAGAGGGCCCAGGUCUCUCGUACUCUGGGCUGGCUCACCAUGACUUUGAUUUUGUUUCAAACAUUCAUCCACUAUUAGCCUUAAAUGAUAACUGAUUUAAAUUUUUUGUUUUUAUGUACAAUACUUUUUUACUUUAUAAUUUAGUUACUCGAAAAAAAGAAAAAACAGAUAUAACGCAGGAAUAGUAUUAAAUAAUUGUUUCCACAUAGCUAAGACAAUUUGUAUUAUAAUUAUGAAUGUACGUAAUAAGAACAUGUAAAAACUUUUCAAAUGUG